AUGAAGAAAACCAGUUCUUCCUUAUGGAGCGAUGAGAAUGGUUCAGUUUCCAUAGAAAGAAGUUCUAACAAAGGAAAUCUUCAAACUAUGUUGGAUGAAGGGGAAUAUGCUCCCUUCACAUCUACUCCUAUGUUAGAGAGCAAUUUUAUUCAGGUCAACAGGAGAGGACAGUCCGUGUAUCUUCAUAACCGAGCCAACUGGGUGACUGUAGGCAUCUGUGCUUCCAGCCCCAACCUCAAGUUCCCCAAUGUGAUGUUACUGGCACAUCUGGAAUCUAACUCCAAGAAGGAUGAUGAGCCAACAUUUGAUGAUUUCUUGAGCCCAACCUCUGAAGUUCAACUGGUGCUUAGCAGGGUUCUCCCCUUGCAGUUUGUGACUAUUUCUGUUCAUGAUGCUCCGAAAAUGUGCCUCAAAGUAAAGUUGGUGAGUGGACGUGCCUACUAUCUUCAGCUCUGCGCCCCCUCACAUAAACAGGAUGUUCUAUUCCAACAAUGGAUUGAGCUCAUCUCUCUCCUGAAGUCUACUAUAAAAUCACAGAAGGCCACUACCUUUACAGUAGGCCGAAAAAUUUCAAAAGUCUAUGAGAACACUGACAAAAUGACCAAUGCUGAGGAUGAUAUUCAAAUAAAUGAGAUAAGUGAGCAGCUUGUAUAUUUACAAGAUCUAGAAAGUGAUACUAUCCUUGAAAAUGAGCCAUCUAAUAUGAUCAUCUCUGAAGUAGAUUUUGAAGAAUGUGAGAGUAAAUCAGAAGUGAAUAAUCAAACCAACUUGAAACAAAGUGAAACUAUUAUACAAAAAGAGAUCAAUAAUCCUGACCUUGAUGAAAAGGAGAUUGUUGUUACAGAGCCAGCCACUGAGGCAGAAGAGUUCAGGAAUUCCAGAAAUGACUUAGUCACUUCAGGCUUGUAUAGUUUUUCAUUUUUCCCUCUGGUUAGCCUUUCUUUUCCCUUCUCUACUUUCCUCUAA